AUGGCUGCUCACAAUAAGAAAAGCACAUCUGUAAAGGGGGAGAAGAAGGCGAAGGCAACGAAAGAAACUACAUUGCCGGCGAACCUGGUCUCGGCUGUCUCGACUUUCCUAUCAGAGCAUGACUUUUCAUCUACGAGCACGGCUUUCACCAAAGAGUUAGCCAAGAAGUCCAUCAGCGCAGCCAAGUCAGAGGACGGUAUUCCUUCUCUUCUAGAGAUCUUUCAGAGCUGGGAAGUUCAGACGAACGGCAAGACGGCUUCCAGCUCCUCUAGCAGCUCAGCCAGCAGCGACAGCGAUGCCGACAGCUCCUCCGACUCCGAUGUUGAGAUGUCCGAAGCACCCAAGGUUCAGCGCAAGAGGUCCUCCUCGACUUCCUCGUCCUCGUCCUCGUCCUCGUCCUCCUCUUCGUCCUCCUCCUCUUCGUCUUCUUCUUCGUCGUCUUCCUCCAGCUCCUCCGACAGCGACGCUGAUGACGAGGACGAGGAUGAGGCAGCCCCUGCUCCCGGCCCCGCCACUCAAGGUGUCAAGCGCAAGGCCGAAUCCAGCGCUUCUUCCUCUUCCGGAUCCGACUCCGAUGAUGCUCCCAAGGCGAAGAAGACGAAGGUGACAUCGAAAGCUAAGGAGUCCUCUUCGUCCAGCAGUGAGAGCUCCUCCGACUCCAGCUCCGAGUCCGAUUCAGACUCCUCGGACUCUUCCAGCUCCGAGUCUGAGUCCGAAUCCGAUGCCUCUUCUAGCUCGUCCUCCGACUCAUCCUCGGACUCCUCUUCUGACUCCUCAUCCUCAUCCGAGUCUGAAUCUGAAUCUGACUCCGACUCCGCCAAGAAGGCCGACAAGAAGGCCCUGAAGGUCGCCACCAAGACGCCCCUCCCACCCUCCGACUCAAGCUCCAGCGGCUCCUCGGAUGACUCCUCGUCCUCCGAAGAGGAAUCCUCCAGCAGCAGCGGUACUGUCCAGAACUCUGAGUCCGAGGCCCCCAAGAAGCCGGCUGUCAAGUUCGAUACCCCCGCCUCCUCGAGCGCCAGCCCGGCCCCCGGAAACGGCAACGACAAGAAGAAGCACCACGGCACUCGCCCUACGCCUUUAGCUGCCCUCAGCGAGCUGCCCCAUGACCACCCCUCCAACCAGUACAUCCCGUACGCCUACGCGGAGAAGGCGUUCAAGGAUCUUUCCGUCACGCGCGGCAAGGGCUUCACCAAGGAGAAGAACAAGAAGAAGCGUGGCUCGUACCGCGGUGGUCCUAUCGAUAUCACUGGCGGCAAGUCAUUCAAGUUCGAUGACUAG